AUGGAUGCUGACAAAUGUCAGAAAGCUUGUCUCGGAGCAAUUUCCCUUGAUUAUCCCUCUCCCCUGGACAUUCUCGCCUCCACACAGCCUCCUCAUUACUUGACCUGCCUUCCGAAAAUGAUGAAGCUUAUCGUCGUCCUUGUUGCCUGUCUGGCUGUUGCUACUUACGCCAAACCCAUGGGCUACGGUAUGGGCAUGUACGGAGGCGUCGGUGGCCUUGGCUAUGGUAUGGGAGGCCUGUACGGAGGCAUGGGCGGCUUUGGCUUGGGAGGACUGUACGGCGGUAUGGGUCUUUUUGGAGGUUUUGGAGGAUUGUACGGAGGCAUGGGAGGAUUGCACGGAGGCAUGGGAGGACUGUACGGUGGCAUGUACGGAGGAAUGGGACUUGGCAAAGGAAUUGGUAUGGGAUAUGGUUACUACUGA